GGGGCCGGCAGCCGCGGCGGAGGCAGGAGCAGCGAGAGCAGGUCACAGGGUCUCCCCGGGAGCACGAAGGCGAGCAGAGAUACCCUCUGAGAGCCAAACAGAGAACAUUAAGAGAGAAAGGAGGAAUGAAGCUGGAUACAGUGCAGUGAAAAAAGGCACUUCAAGGAGAGAGGGACUCUACCCAGAGACUCGCCUGGGCCAUCAGGAUGAGAACUUAUCGGUACUUCUUGCUGCUCUUUUGGGUCAGCCAGCCCAACCCAACAUUCUCAACUCCGUUAUCUAAGAGGACUAGUGGUUUCCUGGCAAAGAAAAGGGCCCUGGAGCUGUCUGGAAACAGCAGAAAUGAGCUGAACCGUUCGAAAAGGAGCUGGAUGUGGAAUCAGUUCUUUCUCCUCGAGGAGUACACAGGAUCCGAUUAUCAGUAUGUGGGCAAGUUACAUUCAGACCAGGAUAGAGGAGAUGGAUCACUUAAAUAUAUCCUUUCAGGAGAUGGAGCAGGAGAUCUCUUCAUUAUCAAUGAAAACACAGGGGAUAUCCAGGCCACCAGGAGGCUGGACAGAGAAGAAAAACCCGUUUACAUCCUUCGAGCUCAAGCUAUAAACAGAAAGACAGGGAGACCUGUGGAGCCUGAGUCUGAAUUCAUCAUCAAAAUCCAUGACAUCAAUGACAAUGAACCAAUAUUCACCAAGGAAGUGUACACAGCUACUGUCCCGGAAAUGUCUGACGUGGGGACAUUCGUUGUCCAAGUCACUGCGACGGAUGCUGAUGAUCCAACAUAUGGGAACAGUGCUAAAGUUGUCUAUAGUAUCCUGCAAGGACAGCCCUACUUUUCAGUUGAAUCCGAAACAGGUAUCAUCAAGACAGCCUUGCUUAACAUGGAUCGAGAAAACAGGGAGCAGUACCAAGUGGUGAUUCAAGCCAAGGACAUGGGCGGCCAGAUGGGAGGAUUAUCUGGGACCACCACGGUGAACAUCACGCUGACGGAUGUCAAUGACAAUCCUCCUCGAUUCCCCCAAAGCACAUACCAGUUUAAAACCCCAGAAUCUUCUCCACCGGGUACACCAAUUGGCAGGAUCAAAGCUAGCGAUGCCGACGUGGGAGAGAAUGCAGAAAUUGAGUACAGCAUCACAGAUGGUGAGGGGCUGGACAUGUUUGAUGUCAUCACUGACCAGGAAACCCAGGAGGGGAUUAUAACUGUCAAAAAGCUCCUGGACUUUGAAAAGAAGAAAGUGUACACCCUCAAAGUGGAAGCCUCCAACCCUCACGUUGAACCCCGAUUUCUCUACUUGGGUCCAUUCAAAGACUCAGCCACAGUUAGAAUUGUGGUGGAGGAUGUAGACGAGCCUCCUGUCUUCAGCAAACUGGCCUACAUUCUACAAAUAAGAGAAGAUGCUCAGAUAAACACAACAAUAGGUGCGGUCACAGCCCAAGAUCCAGAUGCCGCCCGGAACCCCGUCAAAUACUCUGUUGAUCGACACACAGAUAUGGACAGAAUAUUCAACAUUGAUUCUGGAAAUGGUUCGAUUUUUACAUCGAAACUUCUUGACCGAGAAACACUGCUGUGGCACAACAUUACAGUGAUUGCAACAGAGAUCAAUAAUCCAAAGCAAAGUAGCCGAGUACCUCUGUAUAUUAAAGUUCUAGAUGUCAAUGACAAUGCCCCAGAAUUUGCUGAGUUCUAUGAAACCUUUGUCUGUGAAAAAGCAAAGGCAGAUCAGUUGAUUCAGACCCUACGUGCUGUUGACAAGGACGACCCUUACAGUGGGCAUCAAUUCUCAUUCUCUUUGGCCCCUGAAGCAGCCAGUGGCUCAAACUUUACCAUUCAAGACAAUAAAGACAACACAGCUGGAAUCUUAACUCGGAAAAAUGGCUAUAAUAGACACGAGAUGAGCACCUAUCUCCUACCUGUGGUCAUUUCAGACAACGACUACCCAGUUCAAAGCAGCACUGGGACAGUGACUGUCCGGGUCUGUGCAUGUGACCACCACGGGAACAUGCAGUCCUGCCAUGCGGAGGCGCUCAUCCACCCAACGGGACUGAGCACGGGGGCUCUAGUUGCCAUCCUUCUGUGCAUCGUGAUCCUACUAGUGACAGUGGUGUUGUUUGCAGCUCUGAGGCGGCAGCGAAAAAAAGAGCCUUUGAUCAUUUCCAAAGAGGACAUCAGAGAUAACAUUGUCAGUUACAACGAUGAAGGUGGUGGAGAAGAGGACACUCAGGCCUUUGAUAUCGGCACCCUGAGGAAUCCCGAAGCCAUAGAGGACAACAAAUUACGCAGGGACAUUGUGCCCGAAGCCCUUUUUUUACCCCGACGGACUCCAACAGCUCGAGACAACACCGAUGUCAGAGAUUUCAUUAACCAAAGGUUAAAGGAAAAUGACACGGACCCCACUGCCCCGCCCUACGACUCCUUGGCCACCUACGCCUACGAGGGCACGGGUUCGGUGGCGGAUUCCCUGAGCUCGCUGGAGUCGGUGACCACGGAUGGAGAUCAAGACUAUGAUUACCUUAGUGACUGGGGCCCUCGGUUCAAAAAGCUCGCGGAUAUGUACGGAGGGGUGGACAGUGACAAAGACUCCUAAUCUGUUGCCUUUUUCAUUUUCCUAUAGGACACUGAAAUAAUGUGAAGUGGUUCUUUCUUCCUAUUUAUCCACUACUCCGUGAAGGGUUAUCUGUUCUACCCGUUCCAAAAGCCAAUGGCUGCAGUCCCUGUGGAUCCAAUGUUAGAGACUCUUUUCUAGUACACUUUUAUGAGCUUCCAAGAGGCAAAGUUUUAUUUUUUAGUGCAUCCAGUUAACCAAGUCAGCCCAACAGGCACAUGCUGGAGGAGAGGGCAGGGAGCAGUAUUUUCGCUUGUUCUCUUAGGACAGGUUCAGAACUGGCGCAUUUCCGCUGGCCUAGUGUUUCACUACACUCCAUUGACUCAGGUCACCUGACCGUUCUAACUGUACAUUUCACAUGCUAAUGGCAUAAGGAAUUGUGCUUUAAUGUUAAAAGUAUAAUUCUAGUAAGAGAAAUGAGGAUAUGUUAGCUCGCCAGGAGAUAAACUACAUAAGGGUGUGCAUUUCUGUCACAAAGAGUUUAAAAUGACACUUGCCCAUCCUGAUUGUUCCUCAAGACCUUUUUCUGGCACCAACUACUAUUCAAAACAUCAACUCCACCAAUGUUUUAAGAUUCUCAUUCCCCUUAAGGAAUACAAGCAAAUUAAAUAGUAACAUUCAAAAACAACAACAAACUUAGUAAAAUUUCUUUCCUUGCCCCUCUUUCAUAGCUUGUCAUAUAUUAGACAUUCAAAAGUGUGCCCUUGCAGCGUAUAAAGAAAAAAGGAAAAUAGCUAAUAACGUUAACAAAGAACAUAAUGAAAAAUGUUAAAGUUUGGUCCAUCAAAUGCAUCACAAAUCACUUGAAAUUCAUGGAACUAUCAGUAGGCUAAUGACAAAUAAGUCCAUUUGUUUACAAAUUCUUGGAAGAAUUUUCUGAGAUAAAUUUUAAUCCCUUGUCCAUAGUUUUCAUCAGUACUCUAUUUUAAAGUAGCAGACUAAAGUAUAACAAUUCAUAUUCUUCAGAUACUUGUUAGAUAAUCAAGUUGACUUAGUAAAAUGAGAUGAAAUAAAACUUAAAUUCCAGUUUUGCAGUUCAAUGGAGAGGUUAGAGCCAGCUAACACUUGAACCUAAUACUGCCCUUCAAAUCUGGAAGCAUCUAUAUAUUUAAAUAACAUGGUAGAUAUAGGUGAACAACAUUGAGAUCAUGGUCCAGACCUACAAACUCCAUGUUUGGAAGAUGUUUACAAAGGACAAACCUGGAUUCCCUUCAACAGAGUGUUUAAGAUUGAAUUAAAAUGAUAGUUGACUUUCAAAAGCAUUAAUAUUUUUUCAUUGUUUUUAACUUUGCUUCCACGGCAACCCUGCCAUCCUUGUCUUUGAACUAAUGAUAAAGUAAUGGUCUCAAACUAAGACAGAAAAGCAAUGUAAAAUCCAUCCAAUCUAUUAUUUCUCUAAUUAUGCAAUUUGCAUCAUAAUUAUUAUCCAGAGGACCCAACUGAACUGAACUAAUCCUUCUGGCAGGUUCAAAUAAUUUAUUUCACAUGGCUGUUCUAAUGACUUUUAUCAUUAGAAUCUUACAUUGUGCAGUCAUCAGAAAUUUCCAAAGUACUGUAAUGAAAACUUCAUUGUUUUGAAAACCUAAAAAUCAGGCUCUGUAAAUAUAUAUAUAAAAUAUCCACUUAAGAAUAUGCUGACUUCACUUAUUAGUCUAGGGACUUAUUUUUAAUUAAUGUUAAUUUCCAACAGAUAAUCUUACUGUUAUUUCAAUUUGGAGUUAAUGUCGUGUUAGCACAUAUUUUCUGUUUGGAAACACACUAUUGUUUAGUUAAAGUUUAAGUAGACUAUUAGCCAGGAGGUAAAGAAGGUACCUUCAAUACAAAAGCAAUGUAGUAUUUUGAGUUACCCAAUUAGAGUGAAUUUUUUUUCAACCAUAUUGUUCCUUGUGUUUCCUGAAUGCUUUCUUGUUUUGUAAUGGACUGCCCUGUUUUCUAAUAAGUACUUCAUGCUUGAGUUAUUUCUUAUUUUCAAGGUUUUCUUUUCUACUUCUUCAUAUAUACGCAAACAUCAAUAUUCACAUUUGCACGUGCACACAUACACACACUCACACAGGGAUGCAAACAAAACGCUACAAGAGGGCUUCACUGUAAUGAAUCGAUAUAUAUCAUAGUCACAGGUAGGCAUUAAGAAAAGAUAGCUUAGUAAAGUCAGUUAAUAAGAACUAGUUAUUUAUAGCAAUAGAGCAGCACUUUAAUCACAUGAUAUACUGUAAAAUUAAAGAGCCCUCUAUCCUUAUGUUUCGUGUCAUGUAACAAAUCAAAUCAAGAAAAGAAGUCCUAUUGAAAGGAAGGUAUCAUCAAAUACUGUCCUUUUGAACUUUUGGCGUUAACUGGAAUUUCUGAGGGCUGAUGCUAGUAAUUUUCAGUGUUUAAGGGUGAAGUUUACUUUCUCCUGAUAUGUGAAAGUAAAUAACUCAAUAGAGGAAUAUUUGAGCUGUAUUGGAAGGGUAUUUUUAUGCCUCCCUGAAGAUGACACAGUAUACCAAGAACAGGUUAAAAUGGCUGAAUAUUGAAAUAAUUCUUUAAUCUCUUACCACAAAAUCUAAUGAUGAAGUAAAUCUUCAGGAAAUUGGAUAACUUGAGACUGGAGCUGGAAAUGUAGUACUAGGGUCCUAUAAAUAUCAAGGAGGAGUGAUAUUUAACUAUAAUUAAGACUGAUAGCAUUUGAACAGUAAGAGUCACAGUUCCUUCAUUCUCUUUUCUCUCACUUCCUUCACACAAAAAUAUUGGGUCAAACACAAUUUCAUGUGUAGAUGUUUUACUGCUUGGUCCCAGGUCUACUUGAAAUACUGCUAGAAGGGGAAAAAAUAGUUUCAGCUCAAUUUUCACAUUGUCUAUGUCCUGAUUUUAGAUGUUGGUGUUGAGAAAAAUGGAAGGAGACUGGAAAGAAGUAAAAUUUUAAUAUUUGCUUUAAUCAUUGAGAAACCAAAUUUCAUUAACUAUAAGCAAGAUUGCCUUGGGAGGACUGUUUCAAGGAUGUUGAGACCUUCCUGACAAUUUUUCCCCUUCAUUCAAGGGGAAGAAUUUCUUUAAACCAGUUGGUGUUUGCGAGAAUAAGCCAACUUUUAAAAACAUUAAGCCAUUGUGUGUAAGUUUAAAACCCCUUCACUUCUUGGCUGCUUUCUGCUGAAAGAUCUGAAAAACAAAUGUGCCCAAACAAGUAAAUCAAAUGGGAGAGAAGCAAAGAUGUUUCCACAGAACCACAAGAAAGAUUCGGAAUCUGGGGCUAGUAAAUAUAUAUAUAUAUAUAUAUAUAUCUUUCAGAAAUUUCCUGACUUUAUGGUUUGGCUGCAUAGAGGGAGCUUCAGCUACAAAAUUACUCUAUUUUCAGAUGGAACAAAACCUGGCAAUUCAAUUCAAACUUAAUACAAAAAUGUGAGGUUUAGUUUUCAUUUUCAGCUCUCAAAAUAUUGUGCGAAAAGUUCUCAAAAACAGAAUCUGUAUCUCACUGGGUUGUCAGAAAAGUUAUGAUACAUUUUUGCAUAGAAA